AUGUGGUCUUCCCAGUAUACGAUCAGGAGAAGCACAGCUGAAUUCCAGGAGUUGACCCCUACAUACGCCGACGAGGCCUGGGAUGCGGACUACGAGGACUCAGGCUCAGAGGACGAUCGCAGCUCUUCCGAUUCCGCACCGACAACAGAUCCAGGCCGGGAUAUGUUCCGUUUCACAGUUCGCCGCGAGGGCAGCACAGGGUCCGGCGUACCUGGUGAGUCCGAUGGCUGGAUCAACACCUCUCACUUUCUAUGGACGAUGUGCGCUACCCUCGCCGACGGAGGCACCGAUCGAGAGUGGACAGCAUCAUUCGAGCAGUGGCGACCGCAGUGGAAGGCUAUAGAGACACAGUUGAAGACGUACGGGUCCACUAGAUUCUCUUCGGCCAUUCCCCCUGCCCCUGUUGAUCUUGCGUUGGUGCAGUUCUUGGGAUGCAAGCUGAACCCAGAGACCAGGGAGUUCGAGAUCGAACAGGAAGAUGCGCAGGGUGUUUCUGAUGGACAGGAUAUUUGGACUCUUUGGCGGUAUAUUAUUGAGACGCCUGCGGAUCAGAUUAGGGAUUUCCAUGUUCUUCUUAGGGAUACUGCGAAGGUUGUUGGUUCUUAG